GCUCGCUCGCUCGCUCGCUCGCUUUGCUUGACCUUCGUCCUCUGAUGCGCUCGCACUCCCAAGCCUCAUUGGCAGGUGGCCCCGGCGAGUGGGCAUGAUGGGCGCCGGCGCGAGGACAGGACACUAGACACCCCCGCGCGAGGGGCCACAUUUUCGUCGGGGCAGCUCUCUUCGGCUGGGGGCCCGAUCGGUCAGGGAUUCCCACCACAGCACCUCCUCCACACCACGCCGCUCGCCUGCGCCAUCUUGCCCUGCUGCCUCCUCCCGCACCCGCCCCCUCCUUCCCCUCGCUGCAUCGUCGCCGCCCCGGUCCUCCCCUCCCUCCGCCCCAGCCAUGGCCUUCCUCCAGGGCGCCCUCCCCACCGGGAGGGGCGCUUCCCGGCUGCUUGUGCUGCUCUGCGCCCUGCUGCUGGGCGCCCUCCUGGCCCCGACGGCCCGGGUGGCCGCGCAAGCGGACAUGCUGACUCGGGUCCCGGUCGCGCCGCUCAUCUCCGGCGAUGGGCUUCCCCCGCGCACCCUGAGCCAAACCACGGCGCAGGGCCGCGGGCCACUGCAUGCCGCCCUCUCGGAGGCCGAGCGCCCGUCCGGCGACUGGAUCGGCUCCUCGCUGCCGGCCGACCGCUUCACCGCCGAGCAAUACAUCCUGGCCAAUGAGCCGAGCAUGGCCCGGCUGGCGGUCCCCGGUGUCCGGGCCCUGCCUGACCCGCGUACGCUGGUUCUGCUGCAGACAGCCGAUCUGGCCGAAACGCACUCGCAGUUCCUGGCCAUGCUGCAGGACAUCGGCCUCCAGACGUCCGUGGCCUUCGGCGACUCGAGCGUUCCCUUCCUGUCGCACGACGGGCUCCCCGCCUUCGGGAACCUCAUCUUCGUGGGCACGGACUUCGCCGGGCUGCCGAGUUUCUACAACCACAAGAACCUGAUCAAAUUCAUGGAGCGCGGCGGCAAUGUGCUGGCCUUCUUCGGGCCCACCGAGGAGCCCAGCUUCCUCCAUGCCUUCGGCUACCAGAUUGGCUUCGAGUUCCGCGGCAAGGCCACGAACUUCCGUGCCCUCGAUUACGCCACGCCGGAGCGCCCGCUCGAGGAGGGGGACUUCCCCUUCUCCUUCCGCGUGGACCAGGUGUCCGACACAUAUCGCAAGCUCUUCGGCACUCGGAGCGCCGGGCCUACUCUGUACAGUGGCACUGCCUUCACGUCGAUGACCUCCUCGCCCGCCUUCAACCUGGAUUCCUUGCAGGUGGUGUCCUUCCUUCGGGGUAACCCGACCACCUUUGUGGCCGAUGUCACCAAUUACGAUGUCCCCCCUACCCUCCCGGUGAUGGGCCGGUCGCUGGAUCUGGUGGCCGGCAUGCAGACUCGCAAGAACACCCGCGCCCUGCUGGCCGGAUCCACCAGCAUGAUCUCCAACCACGCGCUCGAGGCCGGCAACCGCGCCUUCGCGCGCAACGUCCUCCGGUGGGGUGUCAACCGCGCUGGGCUCCUGCGCGUCGUAUCUACCACGCAUCACCUGGCCGACUCUGCGGCUGGCCCCGCCGGGCCGCGACCCUCGGAGUACACCAUCUGGGAUCGGAUCACCUUCCGAGCGGAGAUCCAGCAGCUGGCUGACGACGGCCGGACGUGGAUCCCGGCCACCGGCAUCGCCCCCUUCGUCGAGGUCAAGAUGCUUGAGCCAUUUUUGCGCGCGGCCCUCGAGCCCACGACCGAUGGCCACUUCACCGCCACCUUCUCCCUGCCCAAUGCCUAUGGCGUGUUCACCUUCAGCCUGUCGCUCAUGUCCCCGGGCUUGAGCUUCAUCAAUGUCCCGGAGGUGGUGGCCAUCCGGCCGCUGCGCUAUUCGCAGUACGAGCGCUUCCUCCCUUCGGGGCAUUUCUCCUACGCCGCCAUUUGGGUGAUGGCCGCCGCCACCGUGCUGGUGACGCUCUUCUUCCUGCUGCACCCGGCGUCCGUCGGGCAAGUCCAGGAGGCGAAGCAGGUGGACGAUGGCGCCCGGCCGUCAGCGAAGCGGAAGGCGCACUAGGUCUCUUCCCCCCCCCCCCCCUGCCCCGCGCACCUGCAUCCCUGCGCACACAUGUGGGUGCCGCUGUCGCGCUCGCCCCCCUCCUUCGCCGCCCCUCCGGCGUCAUCGGGGUCCCCCGAAGUGCGAGGCUCCCCCCGUUCCCUGCGACUGUUGUCGCUUCCGCUGCUGCCGCUGUCGCCGCCGCUUCUCCUUUGCCCCCCCCCCCCC